AUGUGACGACGUAAUAUCUGGUAAAUGCGUACUGUUGAGUGCGUGUUCAGAGUAUUCAGACAAUGACUUGUUAUGAAAAAAAAUGAGCUUAUCCAGUAAUUCCGUAAUGAGUAAAUUCUUCAGGACGCUGCCUCUCUCUUCGAAGCUGACGACUUUCAAAUUUUGCUUUUAAAAAUUUUUGUGACUAUUCUUAUUGGUAAUAUUUGUCUCAUUUACAUUGCCUGGCACAUUUACGGAGAGAGAAUAUCCGAUCGAUUUAUGAACUCAAACAUCUCACCAGAGGAACUUAAAAAACAAGUUUCUGAGCUUAAUUUGCCAACAGAACAUUCACAGCGUUACGCAUAGAAAUUAGUUAUUUUACAAAAUAUUAUUAGUUGUUUUUAGAGGAGUACUAUGGCAGAUAAAAUAAAGUCAUUUUUCCAAAGAAAAAUCAAAGAUAAGAAAUUUAGCAAUGCGGGAACUGGGCAUAGGUUAAGUGAAUCAACUUCCAAAGCUAGUACAGCUAAAUCUACAAAAGUACCAAAGAGACAUGAGCCAACUAAUGACGCUAUGGUGGCUGGGCAGGCUGCUUUGGCUAGAAUAGAAAAAAUGCAAAGUGCACCCAAGUUUAAUCCGUCUUACACGGCUAUACAAGCUCGCAUAAAAAAAGAGUUAGAGCAAGAAAGAUUAACUCUUGCUAAACAGCAAGCAGAUGGAGGUGGUACAUCUUUAAAAAAGUCAGAUAACAUUCCAGAUCCACAACCUCACAUGUUGGCAGUGAAUGGUGUAUAUUAUAGAUGUCCCAUGAUCUCAGAAGAAGUUUUAGAUAAAGAAACUUGGUAUGAAAGACUUCAAGAAUUUUUGGAUAUUGAGUUACCAGAUGAAGAAGGUGGUCUAUCGGCUUGCUUAAUUAUUCAUAGUUGUAAUGAUGAUGUAAACAGAAUAAAAGCUUGUGUAGAUACUCUUUGUAAAUAUUUGGACAAUAUUCGCAAUGAUCCUAGUGAAAUGAAGUAUUGGAAAAUCAGGAUGUCCAAUAAAGUUUUCAAAGAAAAAGUAAAGCUUAUGAGGGGAUCUAUGGAAUUAUUGAAAGCAGCAGGGUUUGUUCAAGAGAAACACAUGCAUCAAGACCAAGAAGAGGAUUUCCUUGUUUGGAGUCCUGAAAGAUCAACUAUCGAUCAUAUAACAACUUUAAUUGAUGCUUUAACUUCUGCCGAUUCCGUGCAACUUCAACUCGAUAGAAACGUACAAGUUUUGCUUCCAAGCCAAGCAGCAGAGAAAAAUGAACUACCAAAAGAGUUUUACGUGUUAUCGACUGAGGAUAUUAAACGUGAACAGACUGAAAGAUCAAGGGCUGUUGAACGUGAUCAAAUGCUGAUGACUAAAGCAAUGAGAGAAAAGUUCAUGAAACAAAAGGAAAGAAAAUAUCGAUAUACACUGAUAAGGAUAAGAUUUCCUGAUAAUAUAAUACUGCAAGGUACGUUUGCGGUAUUAGAAACUUUCCAGGCAGUGAUUGAUUUCGUAAAAGAACAUUUGUACAUGGAUGAAUUUCCCUUCUAUUUCAUCACCGCUACGAGAGAAAAGUUAACGGAAACGGAUUUUGAGAAAUCUUUAGAGGCUCUAAACUUAGUUCCUGCAGUUGUUCUUUCAUUCUUUUGGGACAGCGAUCCGAAUUUCGAAACUCCGUCUCAAAGCUUGAAAGAUGAUACGCUUAGUUUGCUUCAGUCUAUGUAAAUAUAUACAGUAGCAAGCGAUUUUUUACACACACACACACACAUUGUAUACAUCAUGAGCUAUUUACAGCUCGACCUUUUAAGUCACGUAACAGUUCGUUUAUAAUAAUGAUGAAUCAACCAAACAUAAAAGUUAAUUACGUUAUUUAUAUUGAAAGAAAGUUAUUGAAAUGGGAUCAGGAAUAUUCUGGAUGAAAUAACGUACAUCGAUUUUACAAACUGAGAUAUGUAUGCUUGUAUUUAAAAUUCUAUCAAUGUUUAUCGCGCUAACAUUCACCGUUAUACUCGUGCUAGUUAGACGUAACAAAUGUAAUAAGUGCAUUCAAAAUUUUUGAUAACAGUACCGAUGAGUAUCGUUUGUAAUCUCAGACCCAAUAGAAAGUUCAUUUUCGACAUGAAUAUAGUAAUAAAGCUUACUUUAUAUAAAUAAAAACAUAUACAAUAAAAAAUACGUAACAUCGCAAAAUAAUUAACAAAGAUUUAUAUCUUAUUUUAUAAAAAUCUUAUAAAUAUACAUAACAAUUUACAAUAUAAAGUAACGAGCGCUUAUACAUGUAAAUAUUUAAACUAGCACGCAUAGAAUGGACAGUAUACUUAAUAAAUUUUCAGUUUUUAGCGUUUCAAAAUUUUUUUGAUAAAACUGAAAACUCAUUCUAUAUAAUUCGCUUGUAUACUUUUAUUAUAACAAUAUUUUCACCUAUGAUAGUAGGAUAAAAUUAUUGAAUAAUUCUCUUACUAGUACCACCUCUAAUGUUUACGUUCACCUCUUUCGAUAUUCUUGGAAAGGUUUUUAAUGUAGAAAGCUCGUACAAAAGAAUUGAUUAACUAUAUCAUUUCGCUAAAACGGUAUAAACUCUUAUACGGCAUUAUGAAUUGUUUGAUAAUUUACACCCUAUUUACUCUAUUCUUUUCGUUUUUGUGGCAAAAAAGUUCAGAUUCUGUUCUUGAUAUUUCAAGACAUUUUUAAUAUUCUGUCCUCAAUUGCAUUGAAAUGUCAUUUUUUAAAUAUCGAUACUUUAAAAAAGAAAUCAAACUAGGAUUAUUCUAGAUAUAAAAGAACGUUGGUACUGAAAGUUUACAAUUGUCAGUAGAAAAAUUGGUUACUUUGAUAUCUCAACUACUUUACAUUACGUUAUUCGAUACAAACUUGUGAGAAAAAUACAUAACGCUACAAUGAAAAUGUUGAUGAAUUUAAAAUUAAGUGAAAAUUUUAGCAGAAUAUAUUAAAUGUAUAUUUGAAUUUAUUUUACGAUUGUAGACAAAUUAAAUUGUAUUUGUUACUUAUGUGUAUCGAUUCAUAAUCUUUAUGGAAUAUAAAAGUUUAUUUUUUA